UGGCAGCGGUGCUAUGAUGAAGCUCGAUGGUGGCAGCAAAAAGUGUUGCAGGGAGCUACAUCUUUUUCGUUCCUCUACGUUGUGUUCUUUUUCUUCCUUUUGCUAAUGUGCAUGCGGGGAUAGUUGCUUGAGACCAAGAUGACUGGCGUGAUACAACGCCUGAUCCAACGCCCCACGAGGCGGUUGAUUUUUUGCCCCGCGUCAGUCGGAUGACGCCUAGCAGUGGCCUCGAGCUCACUGGUUGCUCCGAAGGUUUAAACUUUAGUGACGAAAAAAAAUAGACCUUACCAAAAUAUCCGAAUUCUGAAAGUUUGAAAAAAAUCUUUUGAAAUUCGAUCUAUUAAAUUCACUUAGUUUAAUGGAUCUUCGCUGAAUUUGAAUUUGAUUUGAUUCUGUCCCAAAAUUUCGAGUUUACAAACAUUUUGGUGCCCACCAAACUUUCAGAAACUUGGUCAAAAUUUCGUUUUAACCUUGGUCCCUUCGUGCCAAAGACCAACCCGACACCGGCGCACCGCCUCGGUAUUCGAGUCGCCUGUCCCUUCUUCCUCCGCCGCCGUGCCAGCUAGCUAGGGUUACGGCCACCGGCGCUCCCAGAGGGCAGGGGUGGCGGAGGCGGCGACGCACGCGCAUGGCCGCAGGCGACGCGUCAUCGGGGUCGGCGCCGGGGCCGGAGACGGCGGGGGAGGCGGAGGUGGACGCGGGCUUCGAGUUCGCCUUCGACAACGAGGCCUUCUCCGACAGGGUCCUGCGGAUAGAGGUCGUCGGCGCUGGCCGGAAGCGCCGGCGUGAAGGUGAUGAUGGAGAAGGUAGUACACCAGUUUUACGAGUCAAGACCAUACAUAUCAGUUCGGUGAUUCUCGCUGCAAAAAGUUCUUUCUUUUUCAAGCUUUUCUCAAAUGGCAUGAAAGAAUCUGGUCAGAGACAGUCAACAGUUAGAAUUGCUGAUUCAGAGGAGAACGCCCUUAUGGAGCUUUUACGCUUUAUGUACAAUGGAAGGUUGGCACCAAUAACUGAGUCCACUUUUCUGGUCGAUAUCAUGAUGGCUGCUGACAAAUUUGAUGUCAUUUCGUGCAUCAAGCUUUGCGGUCAGCGGCUCAUAGGUCUGCCUAUGACCCUAGAAUCUGCAGUGAGGUGCCUAGAUCUCCCAUGUUCCAUUUCAAUGGCAGCUGACCUGUCAGAGGCAGCCAAGAAAUUCCUUGCUAAAAGAUACGAGAAAUUCCUGUCAACAAAGUUCCAAGAUGAACUGAUGAGGAUUCCCCUUGCUGGGAUUGUGGCCAUCUUAUCACGAAAUCUCCCUGGGGUUGCAUCUGAAAAAUCCGUCUAUGACUUUGUGCUCAGGUGGGCCGACUUGCAGUACCCAAAUUUAGAACAAAGACGCGAGAUUUUAAGUUCAAGUUUACUUCCAAUGGUGCCACUAGCGCGUAGCAUGACCAAUGUGAUCCUAAUUGAUCAGCCGUCUUGUAUAAUUAACUUUAGUCUAAAGCGUGAGCACUGCUCUGGGAGCUUCCCAUCAGGAUCGAUGCGCUCGCCACCAUUCUAUCGUGCGGGGCAUGGUUUCUUUCUCUCAGCACACCGAAGAAUGGGGCCGUCCAACUUUUUUUUCCUCAUAAUACAGAAGCUAGAAGACAAGGGCCUAGUAGGGGGGACAUUAGAUUAUGAGAUUGAGGUAAAAACAACACCGUCGCUGGAGUUUACCACCUUGUGGAGGCGCACCACCACCACCGGUUGUAGACAAGGUUUUGGAUGCAGGGUUCCUUGGCCGGAGGUCAUUCCUGAUGAUAGCCCCUUCUUCAUCGACGACAAACUCCAUAUUCGAGUUCAUGUGAAGAUAACGCCGCAGCCUUAGUGAUGCAUGCAUUAGCCACUAGCGUCAUGUGCUUCAUUCAUGUCCAUUUUUGUUUAUGUGAGCGAGGAGAAGCCCCUGUUCUUUUAACAUAUGAACUCGGUGAACAAUGCUCUGCUCUCUUUUGGUGACUGGUAAUGUUGCAAUGUAGCUUCUGAACAUCUAGAGUUUGAUGCUGGACGUUUCACUGUGUCACGGACUCUUACCAGACGCAAACUGUCAAGUUUGUGUGUGAGUUCUGAUAUCCAGCGAAGUCGCUGAACAGUUAAUGUGCACUUUGUCGUAAGUUGGCUGGUAUACAUUGCUGAAUGCUGAUGACCUCUUUGACUC